GAAAGCAUCACUUGAUCUCGACGAUACAUAAUUUUUUAUCGUCUGUGUUGCCUACUUCUAACAACGAAAGACCGAACGCACAACUUAUUUCCAAUCAUGUUGGUAUGUAUUCUCACUCUGAUUAUAGGCUAUGUCUGGGCAGACGGUGUGUCAUUUCAACGCCCGCUGUCCGUCUGUCCUCCCGGCUGGUUGGCCUGGCAAGACGCCUGCUACAUCUUGCUGCCAGACCGGGUGAAUUGGUGGCAAGCUAAGACGGUUUGUGACCGGCCCGGGAGCAGCCUGGUCGUUCCUGACUCGCAGGAAGAACAGGACUUCAUCUGGCGGGAAAUGAGGUCUCGAAUGGAGAUGAUUGUCGGCAGUUCAACAAACAAACUGGAACUGUGGAUCGGCUGCAAAGAUGUUGAUAACACGGGCCAACUGACGUGCCUUGGCGUCCAAGAUAGGCCUCAAUUCACUAACUGGAACGGAGGAAAUCCACAUCAUCAUCAAGAUCAAGAUUGCAUCAGAAUGGCCGAAAAGUAUGGAGGGAACUGGGGAGACAGUGGGUGUCAGUCCAAAAAAUUUGCCUCCUGUGAGAUGCGAGUCUCUCAUCGCUCAUACUGCCUGCAAGCUGAUGCUGACGGGCGCUUCACACCCCAGUGCCUGCUCAACCAUGAGAUCAAGAACCUGACGGCUGCGGGAGUCAUUGGGUGCGGUCAGGCGUGCUGGGCGGAGCCACGAUGCCACUCCUUCAAUCUCUGGCAGAAGGGUGAUGACAAGAAAGUCUGUCAGCUCAACAACGCGUCUAGCAUCGAGGCUGACCCGGCCUUUUUGAAGAAAGUCGAGAGCUGCAACGUUUUCGACCUUUAGAGAGAAAGUGUCUUUACCAAUUUCGAACGGUAGAAUCUGCUUUGACUCUGAAAUUAUUGUUUUGAAAUUAAUGUGGUGAAUAUCGACGUUGAACGUUAACUGUCGUUCAGAACAGAUCAGUUUUAGAGCUACUUUCAGAACAUCAAGGCGAGAUGAAGUGCAUUAACUGAUUCUUUGAUGUCUUUUAACCUUUGAAUUCAUUAGUUUGCCUAUUCCUAUUGUUUGAGAGCCCAUCACGUGACUGUUCGUA